CUGUAACGAAGCAAGGCAAUUCAUAUUAGUACAAGGCUAGCGACAACGGAUUCUGCAUUGUUCAUCCCUCAGCCCUAUCCUUGUAUGUAAUGUACAUGUGACUUACCUUUCUUCCCCGGCGGCGAUGCUCGGCUAAAGUUGACCCUUGAACUCGGCCACCCGAAAUCCAUGCCCUAGAUUUUGCUGGUAUCUAGAGUAUCAUGCUAUGAUCGGACGUCCACCUUAGUGGUAGCCCUAUGGCGAUGACGACCACUCCUGCGAGCAUAUACUUCUUGAUACAACGGGAAACUUCUGCCUUCAAGGGCUACUCUCUAGGUAUCUAAAAGACAGUCAGAGACACCUUUGUCUCGGAGAAAACUGCAGCAGUAGAUCCCGACAUUGCACUGCCCACGUUUCGAGUGAGACAACCGAAAACACCAGAGCUACCUGUGAGUCUGCACCCUUAAGCGUUGCUGGGUGACUGGCCUUGCAUAGGCCCUGGUUGAAACCUUCCCGUGUCAUCCCAUGCUGAGCUAGAUUGCCCAUGAUUUGUUGGAGGAGAAGGUUGGCAGGGGCAGUGGUAGGUAGCCGCUGGUGAUGGAGCCAACGGGCCGAGUCCGAAUUCGGUUGCUGGCCACGUUAUAGAUUUCCUUUUUUGCUCAAGUAGGGCUUUCGGUGUUAUCCUGCCAAUGAAGGAAAAUUGAAAAUUCUCUUCUUCCAUGCCCGAAGCCGGUAGCGAACCCGGCGUGAUUCCCAAGGCCUUCCUCCUAUUGGCAGUGAUAAUCCUUCGUUUUGUUGGUUCAUCGACUUGCUUGACUGAUUUGGUUUUAAGGAAGUCGGAUACGCGUCACUAUAUACGUGUAUCUUUUGCGCAGGCCGUUUCCAUGCUAGAAUAGAAUAUAGGCUAAACGUCGAACAGAAAUGUGAAAAGCUUCCAUCGAUGAAGAACGGAGUGAACCAGGCUAUCAAGACAUCAUUUCCGCAAGGCGCACGGUAGUUAGUACGACUGAUUUCACAUGAAGUCAAAUGACACUGAUAUCGAAAGAUCGGGCCGCAGCAAGAUGACUUUUGCAUACGCAGCCCGGUGGUGGCAGGGCUAGUAGGACCAUCAGGAACAUAAAUUAGAGCCGGAGGACGCAUAUUGUUGCAUAGAGUAGAUCAGUAUCCUCUCGUUGAAACAUGUUGUUCCAUGAACAAAUCAUACAUUCGCUUUAUUCUCUCGUUAUACCCAUAUUUGCCCUUAUCAAGCAAUCUUAUACGCUCGUUUGCACACCCUCGAAACCGCGAUCCAAGACAAAAAUGAUAGCACAGGUCAUUCCCAUGCAGAUGCGCAACGAUGAUCCCAUCAAUAUCCCAAUUCCACCGCCAGAAGUGCAAUCACCCUUGCGCAUCCUUGUUUGUCCAUCGGGAUUCAAGGAGAGUCUCGAUACACUUGUCGUAGCUGAUUGCAUCGAAAAGGGAAUCAAACGCGUCCUCCCAAAUGUAAUCGUGCAGAAAGCCCCCUUAUUCGACGGAGGAGAGGGGUUCGCCCAUGCCCUUGUUGCCACCACUGGUGGAGAACUUCGACAUUUGAAAAUCACCGGCCCUGUUAACAUUCCUCUCAUCUCGCAUUAUGGUAUCCUUGGUGGGGACCAGUCGAAGAAAACUGCCGUUGUAGAAAUGGCUGCUGCCGCAGGGUUGCGCUUGGUUCCCAAAGACUCCCGUGACCCAACCAUCACAACUACUUACGGAGUCGGUGAGUUGAUGCGCGCAGCCCUAGAUGAAGGAGUGGAGCGACUCAUCGUCGGCUGCGGCGACUCAGGAACCAACGAUGGAGGUGCUGGCAUGCUCCAGGCCCUGGGUGCACAUUUUUUUGAUAUCCACGGAAAUGAGCUUGCGCCGGCAAGUGGCGGCGCAGCCCUUUGCACAGUUGCAGAUAUAGACCUUUCCGGCCUCCAUCCCCGUUUAAAAUACGUUGAAAUUGAAGUCGCGUGCAACUGCCAGAACAUCCUGUGCGGUCCUAAGGGCGUUGCACGUGUAUACGGACCGCAAAAAGGCGCGACCCCCGCCGAGGUCGAGCUACUCGACACCGCACUGAAUGCCUACGCUUCCGCCGUCAGCAGAAAGCUAGGGCGCGACAUAUCCACCGUCCCUGGCAGCGGAGCUUCUGGCGGAAUGGGUACCGGCCUCCUACUCCUCGGUGCCAAGCUGCGGCCCCGUUACGAGGCAGUGACAGAAUACUUCGGCAUCAACGACGACCUGUUCAGAAACUGCCAUUUAGUAUUCACUGCGGAGGGACGCCUUGACUCUCAGACGCCGCAGGGCAAGAUCCCCGCAGAGGUCGCUUUGCGUGCGAAGAAGCAUGGGUUGCCCGUCAUUGCGCUUGCGGGUACAGUUGGCCCCGAUGCUGCGGCCAAUUAUUUGAUUGGCAUCGACGCUUUUGCGAGUAUAAUGCAAGGGCCGAUACCUCUUGAGGUCGCUAUUGCAGAUGCAGAGCGGCUUUUAACGGAUGCGGCGGAAAGUGUGAUGCGUGUGUUGAUGUUGGGCCAGUCGCUACGAGUUCGAGAUAGCGUCGUCGCUGGUGAACGCGCUUCCUUGCUGGUGCAGCCUCCUAAAUAACUCAUUUAUAUGUGUAUUAAGGUGGGCUUGCUUGCUUGAGUGACUCACUUGCUUGUGGAUUAUGUUACCAAUGUACAGAUUAUAUAUACACACAUUUUGCCCCUCUGCUCUCCACGUAGUUUGUCGUUCUUUUUGUUUGAGCUAAUGUUCAGUUUCAAUAUCUUAAAUGUAUUGAUCAAAAUUCUAAUGAUCAAUGAUUGUUAAUAUAUUAUAGUUUUCGAGAAAAGGCUUCAUUUCUUUGACCAUUCUUGAUUUGAUGAAUGAGGCUAGGGAUGCGUGAUUCAGCAGAGAUGGAUGGACGUUGCCUUCGCUUGACCCAACCUCAUCAUCUACGGCAAUAAAUAUAUAGUUACUCUCUGCUCUGUAUUGAGUAUUAUGUGGAAUUAAGCUUUUACACUGAAAAACAUUUCAAAAAUUCAUUUGACUCAAAUGUCACUAUUGGCUGCUGUAAUUAUCAAAGAAUAAUAACUUGUCCUGAUUGACUGAAGUGAUAAACUUCAGUGAUAGUAUAGUAGUUAGUUACUCUGUUGCCAUUUGAACCCUG